CUUCAACACCUCAAAACGAAUCGGUCGCAUACACAUUGCUCCGCUACUGCGCGGUCGCCGGUGCUCGCAGCUUCGUCGCCGCAACAUUGGUCCCACUAGCUACACGUCUGCAGUCAUCGCACCAGCGUCACGCGUCGACCGCGUCCGGCGCAUCGCCAUUGGCUCCCCGGCGCAUUCCUGGUUCGCGGCCUGCUCCAACCACCGCAUAACGGGCCUUGUCCCGGUCACAUAGGCGCUCGCUCAGUAUAUCACACUUCCCAUCCGCUGCCUGUCCGCAGGCUUCCCCGCCAUUUCCGGCCUCUUCAAUUGUGUCGCAAGGUCGCUGUUGAUGCUGUCUUGGACGGUACAAACAGUGUGACGCUCGCGACCGUAGCCGACAACGCAGACUGGCCAUUUGCUCUCGAUCUUCGGCUCCGCAAUUCUCGUCUGUGUCACAGCUUCCGACCGCAAAACCCACGCGCAUCAUCCUUUGCUCAUCCACAGACCUCCGUCUUCUAUUGCUUGCACGCAGUCCACCAUGAGCAACGGGCCGAACGGCAGCCUGCAGCCUGCCUUGAUACCUGAGAGUCCGCCGCUGGCUCCCAGAAGUAUCGGCGCAGAACCGUCUGCCACAUCGCUAGGUCCUCGUCUGGAUCGCUCCAAGUAUGCGUCGCCAGCACCGCCAGCGACCUCCUCAAUCACUCCACCGCCAUCCUCCCAGGUGCCGCAACUUGCCAAACAUGUUCUACGCACGCCGUCGCCACCAACUUCGCAGCUCACGUCCCCGCCGCCAACAAACAGGCCUUUUUCAUAUUCGCAAGGCUUCACUCCAGUCAACGACCUUCCCUCCGCCGAUGAGGUCAGAAAUGCGUCCGUGGAGGACCUACGGAACAUGGUGGAGAGCUUGAGCAUCGCUCUGCGAGAAGCCCGCGCGUCGGCCGCCCACUUCAAGCUACAGCACAACAUGCUUCUGAUUGAUAGUACCGAGGCUACCAAGCGCAUGGAGGUGGAGCUGCAGCUCACCCAGCGAGAAGUUGAAGUGCUACAAGAAGCUGAAGAGAGGAGGCGACAGGACUACAUCAGCCCUGCUCAACAGGCCGGCACUGCCGCAUUGAUUGAAGACCUGAACCGCCAGUGCCUGCUACUUCACAGUGAGAACGAGCAGUUGCGCACCUCCCUUGCUCGCACAGUGCAAUCUCUUGAGGACACGGAAAACGUCCUGGCCAGUUUGCGCGAGGAGAACAGUCGCCUGCGCCAUCGCAUUCGCACAAAUCGCGAGCACAUGAACGGAAUACUGGAUUCUGUAUCAGACGGGAGCCCACGAUCUUUGUUUGGCACCCCACACAGACCAUCGUACCAUACGACUCCACGGCACCCUCCUCCUUCCAGGCCAGCCAUGUCGCAGCCACGUGAACCCGGUGCUUUCGAGGCAUUGCUGCUGGCGGACAAAGUCCUUAAUAGUCAGGAGACUGUAACUGCUCCAUCCACGCCAAAGUCCACGCCAUUAAAGCACAGACUUGGCCAUACACGCAAUACGCACUCGCUCUCCUCACUUCCUUCGACACCAUCCCGACGUCCAGUGCCUCAUCAAUCUGCUCUCCGCACCCCGCCACAUCUUACAACUAUCCAAGAGCCACCAUCCGUUGGCCAGCCACAUACUCCACACUACUCACAUGCGAAUCCAACCGCAAGUGCAAAUCGCCGACGUGCUUCCUCUGACUCUACCAUCACAGCGUCCAGCGUGGACGAAAACACGAAGGAACACUACGGACGUAGUGACGAUGAGGACAUACCGCCGAGUCAGGCCAGUCAAAUUGCUGCGAGUAUGUUGAGAAAGACGCCGAAGUCGUCUGGCAUGCAAGGGAAACUUACACAAACACGCAUAAUUGGGAGAGUGACGAAACCAAACAUCAGCGAGAGUGAAAAGAGAAGGCUGACGAGCUUUGGCGGAGACAUGGGCAGCCCAAGUAAGAAAGGAAGAGUUGGUGCCGGGGUGGCCGUUGGUUUAGGAAUUGGUUUACCAGGUGAGAGAAGGGAUUGAGAAUGAUGGGAGAAAAUGCUUGAUGAUUAUUAUUGACGUGAACCAUCUGGAGUGGUUGGAUAUAUGAGCUAGGGUCAAGGUUUUGGGAAAGGUUUGGGACAAACGAAUUUUAAUGAACAGGGUGAACAAAUUUUGGGGAGACUGACGACGCGAAUUACUGAGAUGCUUACGAGGAUGGGCGGUAAGGGUUUUUGGCAUGAUUUCGAGCAGGUGAAAGAAAAUGAAACUGCUUUAGCAAAAAACAAGAAAGAUCGUAAACCAUACAUGGGUAUUGUAUAACGGGAUGGGCCACCCUCUAGCUUGCUAAUCAUAUUCUCCUUGCAAUUGUAUCGGUAGUAUCUGAUGUACUCUCUCU